CGACUGUCGACUUCCUGCCAUCAUGGGCCUCUACUCAAUCCUCCAGCGAUCUGCACUCUUGAUUCUUGUACUCGGAACCAGGGGGACCCUGUGCACGCGGGAUACAUAUGUCGACUAUCUGGAAAUGUCGUUCUUCUUUGAUUGGAACCCACCGGCUCAGCUCUAUCCCGUUCCAGUAACCCAACAGUGCGAAACUAUCAAUAUAAAAUGGUCGAGAGGUCCAGCACAGGGUCCAAACCCAGUGCCACCAUACUACCUUCAGGUCUAUGCAUCAAUCUACACCGUGCCCAUCGUCAUCCCCGCCGGCGACCGUCUCAGCUAUGACUGGGCUGUCCCUUUUCCCCCUGGUACCCUCUAUCAAAUAUGCAUGUUCGACAAAAACGGAAACACUGGGGGCUGUCAAGAUGUCUACACAGUCACACCGUCCCUAUCCUCGCAAGACCCCACUUGCGCCAACGUCACUCUACCCCCCCAACUCGAGGUUGAAGGAAUCGUGAACAAUGGACCCAUAUCACAGUAUGGAUGGAUCGAGCAGUGCACGGACAUUUCUGUCGUUCCGAAAGGAGGAUCUCCCCCGUACACGUUUACGAUAGCGCCAUCAUUACACCCACCUUACAACAUAACAGGUGAUGGAGCGAUGAACUGGACAGUCACCUUGUCAUGGGCUAGUUCGUUCUUCAUCAGUGUUGCCGACUCUGCUGGGAACAUGUGGGCCAAUGGGUUGCUACACAGCGGAGGUCCGGGGACAACGGAGUGUCUUAUCGGAAGUUCAAGUGGCACUGGUGCUCAUGUUGAACCCGCUGUAGCGAUUGGUGCCGGUGUGGGAGGAUCGGCAGCUGGCCUCCUUGUAGGAUUGUUGUCGAUGUUUUGCGUCAUGCGAAGGAAGGGAAGGAAGGAAAGGGAUAGACAAGCAUUUUUGGACUUCUCUUCCGGUGCGGAUAACUCUUCGCUCCUCAACUGGCACAACCGUUCUCAACAUCGUCCAGAAUCAACGACACCAAUACCUUACCCAGACCGUUCAGUUGGAACAGGAGGAGCAGGGCACCACUCACUGGGAUCAAGCCCAUACCACGUCGAGCCUUUCGUAAUCCCAACUGAAGACGGACAGAGAAAUGUCCCAAGUUCCCCCCAUUCAAACGCUGAGGCGCCCCUUCCCAUACCACAAUCCCUGUCUACGUUCUCUUCAACGGUCGGUCAGCCGGCAGUGAAACCUCAUCCUGGAGCAGUGUAUGUUCUGCACCAUGAUAACAACGCCCCGCCGGUCACGAUAUAUCACGAGGAAGGCCAGGAGAUCGUCGAACUACCUCCAAGGUACCCCGCGAAUUCUCCACCUCCCGAGCUUGUGUCGCGGAACGUGAGUGACAAUCGUAGGGAGAGUGAAGGCAAUCGAACGGAUGGCAGCGACCUGCCUCCGAUGCUCCAACAGCAAAGAAGGCCGAAUCACAUUCGCAAGCCAGCGCACCAUCCCCAUCAAGAACGGCAAGGUCGGCGAUAG